CUGUUCCAAUGAAGAAAUCCCUAUCCUGCUACUAGGUGAACGCAGUCCUGACUGAACCGUCUUCCUUUGGACUGAACCACUUGUAAUUUCAGAUGGGGGUAUGCGGAUGGGGUAUGCGGAAGAGUUUAAUCGAUGCGAACGACAGCGUUCUGCCCUGUCGACGCAGUCUAUUAUAACAUAGCAAAGUUGUUCCGUAGAAUUGCGUCCACAGCAGCCAACUGAAUGAUUCUUUCAUAUAGAAAGCGAUUACAUAAAUGUAUGCCAUGAUCCCCCCGAAUAUGGAUGUUUAUGGAUCCCCAUGGUUAUGAACCAUGGCUAAGUUGUAACGUUCCGUUCAGGACACAUAUGACCAUAGGACAACCAGAUGGUCGACUCAAAAGUUACUUUCUUUCUCUGGCGACGACAGGAAGAUUUUGUUGUCCGUACUGUAUUCUUUUACAAUGUGUGGCUUCGUAAUUUUUUAACUCCUUUAACUUUAACGGAAACUACUGUCGAUGAGGCGAUGUGUGCAUUUCCCUGGACUGCGCUGGUACGGAGGUCCUGCCUGUUUUUGCUGCUGGUGUGCGAUGUGAUCCGGGCCCAGGAUCUGAAGCCAACACGAUGGCCUCUGUUUUCCCAGAAACCUGUGCUGCUGGCUUGGAACGCGCCCACAGAAGACUGUGGCCCGCGCCAUGGCGUCCACUUCAAGCUGAGCCAGUUUGAGAUUGUUGCCUCGCCCAAUGAAGGCUUCGUCAAGCAGAACCUCACAAUAUUUUACAAGGAGCGGCUGGGUCUGUACCCCUACUACGAAAGCGAUAGGGAGGCGUUUAAUGGUGGGAUCCCCCAGACUGCUAGCCUUACCGCGCAUCUGGAGAAGAUGCCGGAAGGAGUGACCCGGUACAUCCGUGAGCCUGGCGCCAAGGGGCUUGCCGUCAUUGACUGGGAGGAGUGGCGCCCCCUGUGGAUUCGCAACUGGGACACCAAGAACAUUUACCGGGAGCAGUCUCGGCAUCUUGUCACAGAAAAAAACCAGGACUGGUCUGUGGACGUAGUGAACCGGGUGGCCCAGCAGGAGUUCGAGAUGUCCGCCAAAAAGUUCAUGCUGGAGACGCUGAGAUACGCCAAGAGCCUGCGUCCCAACCAGCUGUGGGGCUUCUACCUGUUCCCCGACUGCUACAACCACGACUACAAGUCGACCCUGGAGGACUACACGGGCCGCUGCCCGGACGUGGAGAUGGUGCGGAACGACCAGCUGACCUGGCUGUGGACCGAGAGCACCGCCCUCUUCCCGUCCAUCUACCUGGUCCCCAUGCUGCGCUCCACCGCCUCGGGCCGGCAGUUCGUCCAGAACCGCGUGAUGGAGGCGAUGAGGCUGGCCUCGGCCGGCGAAGGCGUCGCCAGGCCCGUCUUCGUCUACACGCGGCCGACCUACGCGAACGAACUGACCCUGCUGACUGAGACAGACCUGGUGUUCACCAUCGGGGAGAGUGUGGCACUGGGAGCCGCAGGUGUGAUUCUGUGGGGAGACGCUGCCUAUGCCAGCAGCAAAGCCAGCUGCCACAGUCUGAACGACUACCUGCAGGGUCCGCUGGGCCAGUACCUGCUGAACGUGUCCACGGCGGCGGAGCAGUGCAGCCGGGCGCUGUGCGCGGGGCGCGGCCGCUGCCUGCGGCGUCGCCCCGGCGACGGCGCCUACCUGCACCUGAACCCGGGCAGCCAGCGCAUCGUGAGCGAGGGCCCCGGCGUGCUGCGGGUCAGCGGGCGGCCGAGCGCCGAGGACGCGGCCCAGCUCCGCCCGCUCUUCCACUGCCAGUGCUACAGCGGCUACCAGGGCGAGGGCUGCGCCCGGCCGGGGCCCAGCCCCUCCACCGCCGCGCCCGGCCCGCGGGCCCUCCUGCCCGGCCUGCUGCCCCUGCUGCUGCACACGCUCCUGCACUGAGCCAGGUCGCCCUGCCCCCUGGUGGCAGGGAGGACUGGCCGCGGCGACCGAAGGCGGGGGGACCUAUUCUGUACUGACGGCGAUGACUGGUGGGGGCAGCGAUGGCUGGAACCAUUACUGCGAUCAUGAACCCUGAAACACACGCCUCCCGGCGCCCUGGCUUGCUGGGACAGAAAUGGACUGUUGUGAUACUCGCUGGUCCCCAUUAACUCUGUGGUAGGGGCUUGGGCUUCUGGGCGACUGUCCAGAAUCGGAGCAUUUCGAACAUUCGAUCAAAGAAAAAACGAGCAGCAAUAACCACGCACACAUUUUUUAACCUUAAGUUGUGUUUGGAUUUUUCAGAAAUCCUUAGAUGGGAUGGUGCAAUUUGUCAAGGCCAAUCCAGUAGGAUGAUUAUUUGCUUCCCUCCCCCCCCCCAAAUUCUCUGCAAAAAUGGUCUCGUCCGCAGAUUUUGUGGAUCCAAAGGUGUGCCAUGCUGUGAGGAAUGUCUGGGACAUUAUCCACACGCUUCCUUGAGCUCCUCAGUGCCUAAAUGUGGGUGUGCUGCCCACCUGCAGGCGUGUUUGUGUGCACAGGCAGGGUGGUUCUACAUGUGACAGAAGAAGAUUGGGCGGUGCUGACUGCUUUGUUGUCAUGAGAACUGUCAAUCCACCAGCCUCUCAUCUGACGGACAGAGCCAAACACGUUAGAACAUGGAAGCGUGCGCGUGCGUGUGCGUGUGUACGUGCGUGUGUGUGUGUAUGUGCGUGUGUGUGCUUAUGGGCCUCAUUCUUGCUUACUUGCCUUAUUUCCCAAGCUUCCUUUCACAACCACGAAGAGAAGUCUAAAGAGGAACUGGACAUGAGACUUUUUUCAAGGAAUAUGUAUUUUUUUGAAGAUAUCUAUUUUUAGUGCUUUUUAAAAAUUCUUUUGAUACUUUCACGGAAGAUAGAACUGGAAUGCUGACAGAGUAGUACUCGCGUGUCUCAUUAAUGUACCUCAGAGGCCCCAAGGCCAGCGAUUAGCUUUAGAAACCUGCUUGAGCUUUCUGCUCACUGUAGCAGGCACGGCCGAGGAGGUCUGGUGGACGUGUGUGCCACUCACAUCCCCAUCAGAACCGUCCAUUAAAAGCAUUUCCUGGAAAGUGUCUGAGUUGCAUAUCCCUGCCAUUUAAAAAAAAUUUUUUUUUUAGGAGUGGUUCACAUUUAUGACCAGUGUUAUUUUGAAGUUAUUCACGCUGAGGGUACAAAUUCAGAAGGAAUUCCUGCCUUUGUUUGUACUUGCCCUACCCAGACCUCCCAGAGGCUAGCACUGCUCCUAGUGCAAAAAUGUAUUAUGCAGCCUAUAUUCCGCAUUCUCCUCAUUCGGUGCAAAGGUGUCCUGUAAUAGGUUAUUAGUCCGCUGCCUUUUGUACAUGAAAUAUAACGUCUGUGGGAUGAGGUGCUGGGAAUAAGUGGCAGGGUUGAGUUCAUCACUGAAGGUCCUGGGAAAAUAAAGGAAUGACUUGACAAAAA